GGGGAUAUAGUGACUGCAGGGUCCGGGGAGACCAGAUAUAGUGAAUGCAGGGUCCGGGGAGACCAGAUAUAGUGAAUGCAGGGUCCGGGGAGACCAGAUAUAGUGACUGCAGGGUCCGGGGAGACCAGAUAUAGUGACUGCAGGGUCCGGGGAGACCAGAUAUAGUGACUGCAGGGUCCGGGGAGACCAGAUAUAGGGAAUGCAGGGUCCGGGGAGACCAGAUAUAGGGAAUGCAGGGUCCGGGGAGACCAGAUAUAGUGAAUGCAGGGGUCCGGGGAGAUCAGAUAUAGUGAAUGCAGGGUCCGGGGAGACCAGAUAUAGUGAAUGCAGGGUCCGGGGA